AUGACUAAUAAAUAUAACAAAAUAAAUAAAAACAAUUAUGAAACACGAGAGGCAGUGUAUUAUAAUGAAGGUAAUAAAAAUGAUUGUGAUAAAGAAAAAGAUAUAAAAUAUUUUAAUGAAAAAGAAUUAAAAAGCUUUUUUGAUGAAUGGCAACAAUUUUAUAAAGAAAAACUAAAUGAUGGAGAAAGAAAAAAUUUUAUAAUGUUAGAUGAAGAAAAAAAUGUAGAGAAUGGAAAUAAUGAAUAUUUUAAUUCAUAUAACUAUAUACAUAUACAUGAAGAUAUGAUAAAAGAUGAAGUAAGAACGAGAACUUAUUAUGACGCGAUGAGAAAAAAUGAGCAUUUAAUAAAAGAUAAGAUAGUAUUAGAUGUAGGAAGUGGUACAGGUAUUCUGUCUUUUUUUGCUGCAAAAUGUGGAGCAAAACAUGUUUAUAGUAUUGAGAAAAGUGAUAUAGUUUAUACAGCAUUAAAAAUAAGGGAUGAAAAUAACUUAACUGAUAAAAUUACUUUUAUAAAAGGAUUAGCAGAGCAAAUUGAGUUACCAGUGAAUAAAGUUGAUAUCAUAAUAUCCGAAUGGAUGGGUUAUUGUUUAUUAUAUGAAAAUAUGCUUGAUACUGUUUUAUAUUGCAGAGAUAAAUGGUUAAAAAAAGGUGGAUUAAUUUUUCCUGAUAAAGCAUUUAUGUAUAUAGCAGGAAUUGAAGAUAGUAUAUAUAGAGAAGAAAAAUUUGAUUUUUGGAAAAAUUGUUAUGACUUAAAUUUUUCUUCAGUUUUACCAAUACUCAAAGAAGAAGUUGUUAUAGAUUAUGUUGAUAAAAAUUUUGUUGUUACAGAUACAUGUCGUAUUUUAACAUUAGAUUUAAAUACUUGCACAAAGGAGGAAUUAUCAUUUGUUUCUCCUUUUAAAUUAAAAAUGAUUAGAAAAGAUUAUAUACAUGCACUGGUCAUAUGGUUUGAUGUUUGUUUUUCAGCUUGUCAUACAGAAGUUAGUUUUACAACAGGUCCCUUCGGUAGUCACACACAUUGGAAACAAAUUGUUUUGUAUACUGAUAAUAUUAUAACAGCCGAAAAAAAUGAAAUAUUAAGAGGUAUUUUUGCUUUAAAAAAAAAUAAAAAAAAUAAUAGGCAUCUUGAUAUGAAAUUACAUUAUAUUUUUGAUGGUAUACACACCAAAGCUAAGUCUAUACAAUACUUUAAUAUAAGUUAA